AAAGCAGCCAACCACAAACUCAGCAUCUGUUGAUCUUACUUCAAGGUUCUGACCUUCUUAUCUUCUUUCUUCAUAUAAAAACCAAUGCUAUUAAAAUAAUAACCCUUAAACCCAACGCACACCUGAUUCUUAAUUCUCCUCUUUUAAAUAGAAUAAGAUAGUAGUAAUUUUUGAAGCUGGACAGCCUCUUUGAUUUGGAAGCUUAAGAAAGGAUUCUUCAUACUAGCUUGCAUUAUGCUUAAGAUCCCAGACCAUCAAGUUGCAGGUCACCAAGCCCGUGAUGGAAAACUUGGACCCCUUAUUGAUGAUUCAGGACGAUUCUACAAACCUCUCCAGGAUGAUGAACGAGGUUCCAACGAGGCAGCUUUCUACACAUCCUUUUCCUCCAAUAUGAAGAUCCCUGAUCACAUCCGUAGGUUCUUCCCUGUAUUCUAUGGAACUCAACUUUUGGAGGCAUCUGAUGGAUCUGGCCUCCGUCCCCACCUGGUUUUGGAAGAUCUUGUGUCGAAACACCUCAAUCCAUCCAUCAUAGACAUUAAGAUUGGUUCAAGAACAUGGUACCCUGAAGCAUCUGAGGACUAUAUCCAGAGAUGCCAUAAGAAGGACGCAGAAACCACCAGUUUGUUAUUGGGUUUUAGGAUAUCUGGGUUGCAGAUAUAUGUAAACAAAGAAUCGGGAUUCUGGAAGCCAGAGAAGAAGCUUGUCCAAGCAUUUACUGCAGAUGAUGUCAGAUUAGUCCUAAGGAAGUUUGUUUCAUCUAACUCACCUACUGAUUCAAAAUCAGUCCCAGACUGUUCUUUUGCACCAACUGUUUAUGGUGGUUCCACUGGGAUUCUGGCACAAUUGUUGGAGCUAAAAGCAUGGUUUGAAGAUCAAACAAUUUAUCAUUUUAAUUCUUGUUCAGUUCUUAUGGUGUAUGAAAAGGAGUCACUUUUGAAAGGCAGGAGUUCAGGUGCUGAAAUUAAACUUGUGGAUUUUGCACAUGUGGUGGAGGGCAAAGGUAUUAUUGAUCAUAACUUCUUGGGUGGGCUCUGCUCUUUCAUAAAAUUUGUCUCUGAGAUUCUUACUAGUCCAGAUGAACUGUCAACUAAAGCUUCUUCACAGGAUUCAGAGAAUAAAUGUAGUUUUACUGAGAAUGGUUCUAGUGAAUGAAGAUUCACACCGCAAGGAGUUUUCACAACUAUCUGUGCUGUUGUUGCUUUUUAUAUGGCUUUAUUGGUGACUUCUCCAAUUUAGGUUCUGCUUAGGUUCAAUUUUUUUUUUCUACUGGACAGAGUCUUGUCUUGUAGAUUGAGAUUUGAUCAGAUCAUUUCAGUGCAUUUCCUGACUUCUUUAAGUAAUUUUUACUCUACCAUUGCUACAGUUUUGGCUGAAAAGAGAAAGCAACACUGUUGAAUCUGAAUUUUCCCAGUCUGACCAUGUUUGUAUUUCAUUUUCUGAAACGUAUGGGAGUUAUCUAUAAUUUACUAUAUUUCUUGCA